CUUUCUCACACUAUGCAAGGACAGACUGACGGCUAGAUGGACCAGUAGCAUAACGGUACAAAACCACAGCUAAUCUAUUGAAUCACUGCCCCUAAUCUCCUUUCCAUCACCUUCCGGUGCGCUGCUGGCUGUCUGAUCCUAUUUGCAUUAGAUGACAGAGGCUAUGAUAUGACAUCAUAGGUCACGCCUUGGUGAAUUUGACCGAGAUUAAAACAGAUUAAGUAUUAGUAAACACAUACACACACGCCUCCGGCACAAUUACCUUUUAUUUGCAUGACAAUCAUUUACAUUAUUAAUGACACCAGAAAUGAAUGUAACAAAAUAUGUUUUUCCUGCUGAGCAACCUACCCAUUUCGCAAUGCCUUUUUCUUUUGCCCAUUGACGUUGUAUGACCAAUAUUCUCCACUUUACAUUUAAACUUUAGACAAUAAAAUCAUAUGCAGAAUGUAUUCGUUUUACUGUCACACCAUUAGUUUAACUGUCACAACACCACACAUGUAGGGGAUAUUUGAAGUAGCCAGUUGUUGCUGGAGAGAGCGAGGGAGAAGGAGCCAGUCAGAGCGCACGACGAGACUUGGCCGGUAGCAGUCAGUCAACGAGGGUAAUAUCCCGGUGCGAGCCAGCGCACGGGCAUACAGAGCGAGAGGAGGGCACCCGUCCCGGACACUUUACAGUAGGCUGGCUACAAAUUCAUAUAUGAAGAAAAGCAAUCAGGUGGUCCUGAAUGGAAAUUUGCAGAAUUUCUUUACAACUACAAAAAGGCGAAUAAAACGGUUCCAUGACUCUAUGGAGACAUUUUCAUUUGUAAUUCCCGAGACAUUUCUUCCCAUUCUUUCCAAGAAGUGACACAACAUCAACAAUCCCAGUAAACUGGACACAGGAAUAUUUGUUGUGGUACAGAGCCACACCAGAGCACCCAGACAGACCAAGUCUCAAGGAACAGGUUGGCAAGGACACAGGAGAGGCGUCAUGGGAGGAAAAAAACGGGAUAAGAAACCAGACGGGAUAAGAAACCAGACGGGAUAAGAAACCAGACGGGAUAAGAAACCAGACGACUGACUGAGCGAAAGAAGAAAACGUCAGAGAAAGAAGGAAAGAGAGAAGGAUUGUGCGUUCUCUACUUUCUCAGAAGUGCAGCCCCUAAAUUCCUGUUACUAUGCCUGAAAGAGGGAGGGCAGCAGACCAGUCAAAAUGAACCCCUACGUCACCUCUCACUUUAGGAGGGAUCUCUUUCCCCACUUCCACUUGUUGUAGAGGCUUCUCUUCUCUUCACCCCUCUCUUACUGUUUGUGUGACAUGACAACACCUGGCUCUGUAUAAACCUAGGACAGUAGGUAACAUCUAUCUCUGUGUAAACCUAGGACAGUAGGUAACAUCUGUCUCUGUGUAAACCUUGGACAGUAGUUAACACCUGUCUCUGUAUAAACCUUGGACAACAGGUAACACCUGUCUCUGUGUAAACCUAGGACAGUAGUUAACAUCUGUCUCUGUGUAAACCUAGGACAGUAGUUAACACCUGUCUCUGUGUAAACCUUGGACAGUAGUUAACACCUGUCUCUGUGUAAACCUAGGACAGUAGGUAACAUCUGUCUCUGUGUAAACCUAGGACAGUAGUUAACAUCUGUCUCUGUGUAAACCUAGGACAGUAGUUAACAUCUGUCUCUGUGUAAACCUAGGACAGUAGUUAACAUCUGUCUCUGUGUAAACCUAGGACAGUAGGUAACACCUGUCUCUGUGUAAACCUUGGACAGUAGUUAACACCUGGCUCUGUAUAAACCUUGGACAACAGGUAACAUCUGUCUCUGUGUAAACCUAGGGCAGUAGUUAACAUCUGUCUCUGUGUAAACCUAGGACAGUAGUUAACAUCUGUCUCUGUGUAAACCUAGGACAGUAGGUAACACCUGUCUCUGUGUAAACCUUGGACAGUAGUUAACACCUGGCUCUGUAUAAACCUUGGACAACAGGUAACAUCUGUCUCUGUGUAAACCUAGGACAGUAGUUAACAUCUGUCUCUGUGUAAACCUUGGACAACAGGUAACAUCUGUCUCUGUGUAAACCUAGGACAGAAGGUAACACCUGUCUCUGUGUAAACCUUGGACAGUAAUUAACACCUGUCUCUGUAUAAACCUUGGACAACAGGUAACAUCUGUCUCUGUGUAAACCUAGGACAGUAGUUAACAUCUGUCUCUGUGUAAACCUAGGACAGUAAGUAACACCUGUCUCUGUGUAAACCUUGGACAGUAGUUAACACCUGAUUCUGUAUAAACCUUGGACAACAGGUAACAUCUGUCUCUGUGUAAACCUAGGACAGUAGUUAACAUCUGUCUCUGUGUAAACCUUGGACAACAGGUAACAUCUGUCUCUGUGUAAACCUAGGACAGUAGGUAACAUCUGUCUCUGUGUAAACCUAGGACAGUAGGUAACAUCUGUCUCUGUGUAAACCUAGGACAGUAGGUAACACCUGUCUCUGUGUAAACCUUGGACAACAGGUAACACCUGUCUCUGUGUAAACCUUGGACAACAGGUAACAUCUGUCUCUGUGUAAACCUAGGACAGUAGGUAACACCUGUCUCUGUGUAAACCUUGGACAACAGGUAACAUCUGUCUCUGUGUAAACCUUGGACAAUAGGUAACAUCUGUCUCUGUGUAAACCUUGGACAACAGGUAACAUCUGUCUCUGUGUAAACCUAGGACAGAAGGUAACAUCUGUCUCUGUGUAAACCUUGGACAACAGGUAACAUCUGUCUCUGUGUAAACCUUGGACAACAGGUAACAUCUGUCUCUGUGUAAACCUAGGACAGUAGGUAACACCUGUCUCUGUGUAAACCUUGGACUACAGGUAACACCUGUCUCUGUGUAAACCUAGGACAGUAGGUAACAUCUGUCUCUGUGUAAACCUAGGACAGUAGGUAGCAUCUGUCUCUGUGUAAACCUUGGACAACAGGUAACACCUGUCUCUGUGUAAACCUAGGACAGUAGUUAACAUCUGUCUCUGUGUAAACCUAGGACAGUAGUUAACACCUGUCUCUGUGUAAACCUUGGACAACAGGUAACACCUGUCUCUGUGUAAACCUAGGACAGAAGGUAACAUCUGUCUCUGUGUAAACCUUGGACAACAGGUAACAUCUGUAUCUGUGUAAACCUAGGACAGUAGGUAACAUCUGUCUCUGUGUAAACCUAGGACAGUAGGUAACAUCUGUCUCUGUGUAAACCUUGGACAACAGGUAACAUCUGUCUCUGUGUAAACCUAGGACAGUAGGUAACACCUGUCUCUGUGUAAACCUAGGACAGUAGUUAACAUCUGUCUCUGUGUAAACCUAGGACAGUAGUUAACAUCUGUCUCUGUGUAAACCUAGGACAGUAGGUAACACCUGUCUCUGUGUAAACCUAGGACAGUAGUUAACAUCUGUCUCUGUGUAAACCUAGGACAGUAGUUAACAUCUGUCUCUGUGUAAACCUAGGACAGUAGGUAACACCUGUCUCUGUGUAAACCUAGGACAGUAGGUAACAUCUGUUUCUGUGUAAACCUAGGACAGCAGGUAACACCUGUCUCUGUGUAAACAUUGGACAACAGGUAACACCUGUCUCUGUGUAAACCUAGGACAGUAGUUAACAUCUGUCUCUGUGUAAACCUAGGACAGUAGGUAACAUCUGUCUCUGUGUAAACCUAGGACAGUAGUUAACAUCUGUCUCUGUGUAAACCUAGGACAGUAGUUAACAUCUGUCUCUGUGUAAACCUAGGACAGUAGUUAACAUCUGUCUCUGUGUAAACCUAGGACAGUAGUUAACAUCUGUCUCUGUGUAAACCUAGGACAGUAGUUAACAUCUGUCUCUGUGUAAACCUAGGACAGUAGGUAACAUCUGUCUCUGUGUGAACCCAGGAUAGUAGGUAACAUCUGUCUCUGUGUAAACCUAGGACAGUAGUUAACAUCUGUCUCUGUGUAAACCUAGGACAGUAGGUAACAUCUGUCUCUGUGUAAACCUAGGACAGUAGUUAACAUCUGUCUCUGUGUAAACCUAGGACAGUAGUUAACAUCUGUCUCUGUGUAAACCUAGGACAGUAGUUAACAUCUGUCUCUGUGUAAACCUAGGACAGUAGGUAACAUCUGUCUCUGUGUAAACCUAGGACAGUAGUUAACAUCUGUCUCUGUGUAAACCUAGGACAGUAGUUAACAUCUGUCUCUGUGUAAACCUAGGACAGUAGUUAACAUCUGUCUCUGUGUAAACCUAGGACAGUAGUUAACAUCUGUCUCUGUGUAAACCUAGGACAGUAGUUAACAUCUGUCUCUGUGUAAACCUAGGACAGUAGGUAACAUCUGUCUCUGUGUGAACCCAGGAUAGUAGGUAACAUCUGUCUCUGUGUAAACCUAGGACAGUAGUUAACAUCUGUCUCUGUGUAAACCUAGGACACCAGGUAACGACUGUUGCCUUGGUAUUCUCCUGUGUUGUGCCUUUGUUGCUCCUAGUCAGGGUGUUACACUGUAAACUGUCCUCAGUGAUCUGGUCAAGGUGUUACACUGUAAACUGUCCUCAGGGAGCUGGUGAAGGGUUGAACUGUUCCUCAGCAACCUAGUAACAUGUUUAGCUUGUUCACUGGGGGUCAAAGACUUGCCAGUGUUCGAAACCACAGUCCAUUGGAAAUGUGUACGGAAGGUAAAGUCUAAUAUCACAACCAAACAUUUUUUGUGUCAUUUGGAUUUGCCCUGAAUCAAACCUUUUGACUUUUCUUUGUUUUUAUCCCAAAGGGAUUUGGCAUGCAACAAACAAAAAAAUCUCUCUUCCCAAAAUAUUACCUUUGUUUGCCUCAGUGGGUCGUUGUUUUUACCCAGUUUUCCUUGCACGUCCUCUGCCCAUUAUUGCCACAUUUUUCCAAAGGAAUUAGACUGGAAGCUUUUCUGAAAUGGAUAAACAUGUGUGUUCUCUGUCAAGCAGGGGUGUUGAGUGUGACACUUGAACCAAGAGGAGAGAACUAAAGCCAACCCGUUUGGAAAAAACAAGGACACAGCACCUCCGGUCUCAGGAUUGGACAGGAUUUGACCUCUGAAAUAAUCUUUGAGCUCUGAGUUUUCGUAGUCAUCGACGGGUGUAUACCCUGUGUGCCUGUUACCCCUCCCCUCUUUCCCCACAACCGGCCAAUAGGAUUCUGCUCCUCCUACACAUUCACUUUGACUCUAUAAUAGGUGUUGUAUAGAAUUAAUCCUGGUAUCAUAUGUAUAGGAUGAUACACAAACAUAGGUACACAGAAAGUACACACAAUUGUACAUGCCUUGGCGUUCUAGUCAAGUAAUUUCAUUCUCUCUCUUUUUAUUUAUUGUCUUUCUCCCUCUCUUUCCCUCACUCCCUCUGUUAUAGAGAAUUCUCCCAUGCAGUUGUAGUGGAGAGUAAGUCUCCUUAUUGUUGUAUACAUUUUUACAACACUGAGUGAAUACGAUGUAGUUGAUCUGGUCAGUAGUCAGUCUGUGCAGUGUGUUCUGUACUGAAUUGACAAUGCCUUUAGGAGAAACACAGAGACUCUCAGGAACAGGAUAUGCUGUUAAAAAAGCAGUCACCUGAGACAUAUUUCAAAUGUCUCUAAAAGUCUGCUUUUGUUGUGCCAAGAACUCACCACUGGCAUUUGAGGACUUUUGUGUCUUGGAAAAGAUACUUGGAUUUGAGGGGAAAAUGCUGGUCACAGUCUCCCACUUGUGAGAGAAACUGAGUGAGUAUUAUUUACACAGUGCAUGGCUACUGUAGCUCAUAAAUGUAUUCCAAGGCCCUGUAGCAAAGGAAACAUAGAUAUAAAAGGGUGGAGGAACAUAUUCUGACUGAUAGGAAGUGAAUGUAUUGGAAUUGUGUACCAUUAUCUGAGUCAAUAGUCUAAGGAGUUCCUCCUCUGUUUCAAUCUGCCUUGUGUAUUUUCCAUGACCAAACCACUGGGAAAUGAAGAUUAUGGAACGUAAGAAACAGCAUGCUAUUCUUUUCUCUGCUGGUUGCAUGUUAGAUAUGUGUUAGAAACAUAGACACCGUUUGAUUGUACUGUACUGUGGAUCUACCCCUGGACUCUGUAUUGUCAUAUUGCACUUUAGUGAAUGUGGGGAGUAUAUAUCCUCCUUACUACUACCCCAUUGUAUCCCCAGCUCUCAUCCCUUCAAGCUUCUCAGUUCCUGUAGCCUGCUCAAUGUGUUUCCCUCGUGCUGUUUCAAACUAUCAGCAAAACUCCCGCUCCCUCGUAAGAUGACCACAGACUAUGGGUCCCUCCUGUUGAUACCCUGGACACGUGUGUAACCUCCCUGCUCAGCCCAAAGGAGUGUAAGUACUACAGGGACUAUACAGUAUUACUGCGAGACUGUCUAUCUGCUGCUGUGGAAUACGUUUCUGAAACAACUGCCUGUUGACCAGAGGAGUAUAUACAGCAACAACUUGACCACUGAGCUUCCUUCAGGAGAAUGGAAGGAAGACUGUGAAUCAGGACACUGUAGAGCUGUGAGUAACAUUGACUGUUAAUAAAAAGUUAGUGGAACAAUGAUCCGGGAAGUGAGGGAAGUCAUCUACUGCAGGAUACAGUUUUUCCUCAUGGAUCUACCUUUACCACAUCAGAUGGAUUACUUUUCACCAUAGAAACAGUGGAACUGGAAAGAAGAACAGAACACCAGGUUCUUAUCAAUAUCUAGGUGGUCAUAAACUCACAAAGCACAUAGGAGUUGAGACUACAGCGUCAUCAGCGUAAGACAUUGUAUUUAGCACCAUGGGAGCGGCGCGUGUUAAGCGACGUUUCAGUGCAGUGGUUGACGGGCUGGUAGACGAGGAGGAAGUCAUUAAGCUGGCUCUGAGUGUUGCUGACACGGCCAGGGUGGGGGGCAGCACGGGAGGCUCAGGGAGCCCCACCAGCCCCUCUCCCACACACAACCGAAAUGGCAAAGCACUCCCCCUGCAGGGCAACGGCAGCAAUGCACGGAGGCCCAGCGGAGCCCUGGAGGCAGGAGGAGGGGAAGGAUCGAUGAAAGGAGGAGGGCGCUCAGGACUGAGGGGCGGGAGGGGCGGAAGUCUGGGGAGAAGGGGAGAAGGCUGUUCGUCCUCGGACCGAGAUUCAACACUGUCGUCCCCUUCCUCCUCAAGCCGCCGGCCCACCCGGCGCUCUAGCCGCCGGCCCCGCCACCGCUUUGUGGGCAAGGACGGGCGCUGCAACGUCACCUUCGUCAACAUGAGCGAGAGGGGCCAGCGUUACCUCAGCGACCUCUUCACCACCUGCGUGGACAUCCGCUGGCGUUGGAUGCUAGUCAUCUUCUGCCUCUCCUUCCUCCUCUCCUGGCUGCUCUUUGGCUUCGUCUACUGGCUCAUUGCCGCCGCGCACGGGGACUUCGCCAUCCGCCUCAACCCCAGCUCGGGUGCCUCUUCCGGGGGAGGAGAUGAGUCCGGGGCAGGGGCGGUGGUGGAAGUGGAGGAAACGUGUUUCGUUCAGGUGAACAGCUUUAUGGCGGCCUUCCUGUUCUCCCUGGAGACGCAGACGUCCAUCGGUUACGGCUUCCGCAGCGUGACUGAGUCCUGCCCCCUGGCGGUGAUGGCGGUCGUCUUGCAGUGCAUUGUGGGCUGCAUCAUCGACGCCUUCAUCAUCGGAGCGGUCAUGGCGAAGAUCGCUAAGCCCAAGAAGCGUAACGAGACGCUGUUGUUCUCUGACACGGCAGUGGUGGCGCUGAGAGACGGGAAACUCUGCAUGAUGUGGAGGGUGGGGAACCUACGCAAGAGCCACCUGGUAGAGGCACACGUACGUGCACAGCUAUUAAAGCCGAGGGUGACCCCAGAGGGAGAGUUCCUCCCGCUGGACAACGAGGACAUCAACGUGGGAUUCGACACGGGAACCGACCGCAUCUUCCUGGUUUCCCCGGUAACCAUCGUCCACGAGAUCAACGAUGAGUCGCCGUUUUUCGAGAUGGACCGUCGGACGCUGGAGGGCGACUCGGAGCUGGAGGUGGUGGUCAUUCUGGAGGGUAUGGUGGAGGCCACAGCCAUGACCACACAGUGUCGCAGCUCCUACCUCGCCUCCGAGAUCCUCUGGGGUCACCGCUUCGAACCUGUGCUCUUCCAGAGGAAGAACUGUUACCAGGUGGACUACUCGUUCUUCCACCGGACCUAUGAGAUUCCCAGCACACCCUCUUGCAGCGCUAAAGAGUUGGCCGAGCAGAAGUACAUCCAGGGCUCACGCUCCUCAUUCUGCUACGAGAACGAAGUAGCCCUGCAGCUCGUCUCCCCUGACAAUGACCCUGAGGGCAACCCUGGCGGCCGCUCCUCCCCCCUGACCCACCGAUCCUCCCUCUCACAACCCACCCACACUAACUAGGGAGGCGACAGGCAGAGGGGACAGGAAGUGACCUGGGAUCCACAGGAAGUCAGGGACAGACAGAGGGAGAGAGAGGCAGAAAGAGAGACAGGCUUCAUAGUGAAAGAGACCAAAGUAGAGAAAGGUAAGUACACGAUUUAGGGAAAAGGACAACAUUGAGAGACUGAAGUUGAGAGAGGUAUAGAAAGAGAAACAGAAGACACGACAAAGAUGCCGAGAGACAAACGGAGAGAGAGAGAUACUGUAUACUGUCAAACAGAGAGAGAAAAGGACAUACAGAUAGGACAGAAAAGGAAAGAGAGGGAUAGAAAGAGAGAAAUAGAGAGAGAAUUGUCAUUGAAAGGGGUAGAUGGGCUGCUGCUACUCUGACUGUGUUGGCUGAUUUGGACAUAGCGAUCUUUCAGAAUCAUUAUGAACCCGUCUGUCUCAGACCCGUCCCGUCAACCAACCGCUACAUUCACCACUGGCUCCAGCACCUAACUGACCACACAUACAACACUGACCCCUAUUGGCUUCAGUCUGUAACUGCAGCUCCUGUUCAGUUACAACUCACACUGGACACAUGGGAGUAAGGUGAAGCUGCCCCCUAGACACUGAGCUAUGACCAGUUUAGUGUUUCUGCCCCCUGAUGGUGAAGGUUAGGUUUUGGAGAGGCUAAGCUGAUCCUAGAUCUGUGCCUACGGGUAACUUCUACCCCAAACCUGUGGAUGUUGAAUACUGUGUGACAGAAUGAGGUAAAACGGUGUAUAUCUACACAUUGAGGGAUGUUUGUUGAAUGACAAGGCAUUAUUGAAAUGUUUUGGAUUCUGGUCAUUUGUGUUCUGUCAAGGUUUGAGCAGGUCUGUUGUGUUAGACUGAUAUGUAACAAAAUGGAUACAGAGAAACAGCUGAAAAUAAGCAGCGGUUUUAAGCUGUUUCUUUGACUUGUACUGUAUGUUGUUAUUCUGUAUUUAUAAUGCAAGACUAUUCUAUAUUUACUUUAUUUAAUCCAACAUGUUGCAUGUUCAACUGGGUGCAGUGUCAGCACAAAACCAUAUGAGUGCAUAGUCUGGUAACAUGUUAUUUAAAGGUCUACUUCUAAACGUAUGAUUCAUUGUUUAAUAUGGUUAACUAUGGUUAACAAACAAAGGUGUAUAAGUACUAUGUAAGCAGAACUUUGAUUAAAAUGUUACCUUAUGUUAUUUUUAAAUUCUACAGUACCCAGCUGAAGGGACAAUCUUGUGUUAAUGUUUACCUCUGUCUUGAAUAUGAGAUUCUGUCACCUGAGAUUCUGUGUUCCUCAAACAUUUAACUUUGUAUGAUUUUCCUCAGUAUUUUCUUUAUUUAGUUAAUUUGCUGAAUACUGUAUAUUUGGUAGAAUUUUAAGGGGGAAAUGGGGGAUGUUAAAGGUAGACUCAGAUGCAGAAUGACGUAGAUGCAGAAAGUAAACAGCAGAGAGGGGCAAUUUCCACAACAACUAAGAGCGUUGAAGUGUGAGGCUCAACUUCUCCGCUGUUUAAAUAAAUAGUGAGGUAUUCCAUACUGGUAAAACAUGAGCCUAUCACAAUAAUGAAAACAAAAUGUUGCCGAUGCUGAGAUGAAUAGCUGACGCGCACGGACAGCAGUGGACGCAUAAAUUCUGGCCUAAUGACAAUCACCAAAAUGUCAUUACACUUUGCGGUGUUUUGUGUAACAGAUGUCUCUUUCCAUUUACCACUGUUUGGAGGCUGGACAUAUGUUGAGAGUGGAUGAACAUGUAAAGGAGCCCUUUGAAGUGAAUGUUUGACAAACAUCAUGGCUGGUGGUUUAUGCCACAGUAGAAGGUAAUACAUUUUAAAAGUUAAAUAACAAAUCUUUAGUACUAGGCCCACAGAGAUCCUAAUGAAUUAAUAGAGAUUCUAUAUGUAAUGAAUGAAUAGGGAUUCUAUAUGGAAUUCUGUGAUCAUGUGAACAUAGGAGGUCCCAUACUGGGAAGAAAUUACAUCUACUUUCACCCGCUUGUGUGUGACUGUGCUAGUGAAUUCUUGCAUCUCGCUCAUCUCAAUAACUGCAGUGCUGCUCGUGGCAACGUCAUUUAGCUGAGUUUACCUUUAAGGUGACAUUGUUGGAAGUGUACAGGCCUUGGCAGAGCACCCUAAGCUGGGACUGUAAAUGGACCGUAAACCUGUUGGACUUUCAUGACCACUGGAAGCAUGUACUGAGGACCUGAAACGUACGACUGUCACUUCACUGCAGUACAUUAACGUAAGGAAAACCUCCCGGACCCCUCCCUACAUCUUCCUGUUCUAACUGUAAACUGUGAGGGCUCACAACUGCACUGACAAACCACCUGAGGAGGAAUUGAAUUUCUGUGACAUUCUGUUCUCUGAGAGAGGUUCUGUUCAAAGAAUUAGAAUGGAUGACUAAUCCUGAAUUCUAUGGUUCUGCUUUGGUCUGUCUCACACUAUGUGGGAGACUAAUGCAUUGGGUGGUGCAUUCAAAGAGAAGUCUAUGGUGUUAUUCUAUAACUAGCACAUGAUUUGCAAUGUUCAAAUGAGAUGUUUCUAUUGCCUGUCUAUUUUGUUGAUUUGUGUAACUCUUCUGAAAGUGAUGGUUUCUGAAAUAUGUAUACUGAUGUUAUUGAGCGAUGAAGAGUUCUAACUUCUAUGCCGUUACUAUCACAAUAUUUAGUCACACUUUACAUUAAGUUAAACUGCCAUGUGUGGUAUUACAUAAUAACUAAGUAAUUAUUUCAAAUAGAAUCUAUUCAGUUUACUUUUGCAGUAUUACAAUUCAAAAUCAUUGGGUUAUGCACCUUACCAGCAGUUACCAUGCACAAUAUAUCAUGAAUCUACAUGAUAUAACUUCAUGUAAAGUGUUGACCAAUUGUUUUGACCACUAGAUGAUACAACAGAGCUGUAUUGUUCUACCUACUACAAGGACGGCAACUCUGAAACUUUUACUUGCAUCUUUGCACAGAAGUAAGUUGACACUAUGGAUGAACUCAAAGGCAAAUAUCACAUACGUACAUACAAAGCACUGUAAAAGCACACAAACUGCUAUUGAAAUGGCAUUUUAAGACGUCACAUACUGUAUAUAGAAAGCAGCACUUCACACACACUUACCUUUUGAACAGGAAACAUGGAUAUUUCACCUUUUAAAGCAGAUUCCAUGAUAAGAUUUACAACCAUAUUGAUCGGUUAUAGUUGGUGUUAUUGACAUUUAUUCAACUUCCGUGUCUUUCCUUAUUUUCCUAUGUCUCCAUGGCUACCGAGUUCUAUUUAUAGGUGAAUGGCCGGUCCCGUCUGCUCCACUUCCUGUGGGGGGUAACUUGAACCCUGACCACCAGGACUCUGACCUCUGUGUUAGCCUUUUUUUUUUAUUAUGCAUCCCACACAACAACAACAUAGCCAGAUGGAUUACUUGAUGACUUCCUGGUUGGUUGCUUUAUUAGAUUCCAGAAUAAAAUGUUGAUAUUGCAGGUCAAGGUAUGUUGGGAUUUAGGUUAGUGGAAUCGGGUUGUUACUAGCUGUGCUCUAUUAUUUGUUCCUACAGAUACCACUGUAUACGUUCCCAUCCUUCUCUGUUGUAUCACAACAAAUAAUCAUUUCACUACUGUUUGUGGCAGAAAGCACUUCCAUGUGAAAAAGAAUGGCACUAUAGAGCAAAUAAAACACAUUGAUUGAUA